GGCGGUGACAGCCGCGGGGAGGGGGCGGAGGGGAGGCGGCUGGGCUCCGGCUUAGCGCUCAGCUCCACUCUGCCUUCCGCUCCGCUCUCACUUGCUGCCCAAGCCUCCUGCUCCUGCCCCAGGACCCCGAGGUGGGCCCUAAAACCCAAGCGUCCCCAGACCAAAGCUCUGCCAGCCCCUACUCCCGCCCCCGAGCCCUUGCCGGUCACUGCACCUCCAGGGGGCGCCGUGUGAGCGCCCCAUCCCGGCUACCCGGCGCCCCCUCCCACGGCCCGGGCGGGAGCGGGGCGCCGGGGGCCAUGCGGGGCCAAGGCCGAAAGGAGAGUUUGUCCGAAUCCCGAGAUCUGGACGGCUCAUACGACCAGCUUACUGGCCACCCUCCAGGGCCCACUAAAAAGGCCCUGAAGCAGCGUUUCCUCAAGCUGCUGCCGUGCUGCGGGCCCCAGGCCCUGCCCUCAGUCAGUGAAACAUUAGCUGCCCCAGCCUCCCUCCGCCCCCACAGACCCCGUCCGCUGGACCCAGACAGCGUGGAGGAUGAGUUUGAACUAUCCACCGUGUGCCACCGGCCUGAGGGUCUGGAGCAGCUCCAGGAACAAACCAAGUUCACACGCAAAGAAUUGCAGGUCCUGUACCGAGGCUUUAAGAACGAAUGCCCCAGCGGAAUUGUCAAUGAGGAGAACUUCAAGCAGAUUUAUUCUCAGUUCUUUCCCCAAGGAGACUCCAGCACUUACGCCACUUUUCUCUUCAAUGCCUUUGACACAAACCACGAUGGCUCUGUCAGUUUUGAGGACUUUGUGGCUGGUUUGUCAGUGAUUCUUCGGGGGACCGUAGAUGAUAGGCUGAACUGGGCCUUCAAUUUAUAUGACCUUAACAAGGAUGGCUGUAUCACAAAGGAGGAGAUGCUUGACAUCAUGAAAUCCAUCUAUGACAUGAUGGGCAAGUACACAUACCCUGCGCUGCGGGAGGAGGCCCCGAGGGAACACGUGGAGAGCUUCUUCCAGAAGAUGGACAGAAACAAGGAUGGUGUGGUGACCAUUGAGGAAUUUAUUGAGUCCUGUCAACAGGACGAGAACAUCAUGAGGUCCAUGCAACUCUUUGAUAAUGUCAUCUAGUCCCCCAGGGAGAGGGGUUAGUGCGUCCUGGGGGUGACCAUGCUUUAGUCCUAGUCCAGGUGAACCUAACCCCUCUCUCCUCAGGUCUGUCCUCAUCCUGCCUAUACCCUGGAAGCUAUAGAGAUUCAAGGCCCUGGGGCUUCAGUGGUCCAGAUCCCUGGAGCUAAAUGGCAAGAGUAGGCAGAAUAUAUCUGGGGUGAGGAGGGUUCCCAGCUCCCGGCAGCUCUCACCCCCUUCUCGCCUGAUACCCAGUGCUGAGGACACCCCUGCUACAGGACUGAGUGGUUCUCCACCCCCCAACCCCACUUUAGAAAUGACAUUAGACAGAAUGUCCUCCUGCUAUGGUGCUUUCCCCAUCCCUUAUCUCACAGUUUCCCUCUAAGACCCCCAUCUCAGAGAACAUGCUAUGUCCAUGUCAUAGCACGGCUGGCUCUUCAGCCAGUCUUUGAGGGCCCUGGGAAGGGGGAGGAACACGACAGGAAAGCAGAAAAAUCUUGGCCCUCUGAGCCAGUGGUUAGGUCCUAGGAAUUGGCUAAAGUGGGAAACCGAAAGCCUGGGCAGAUUAUGAGUCCAGGUGGGGCUGUCAUUGCCAGGUUCCAUGGGUCUGCUGUCCCGGGCCAGCAGAAUAUGAGCUUCCAGACUUUCCAGAAGGCCUUAUGUCCUUAGCAAUGUCCCAGAAACUUACCAUGCACUUCUCAGUUGUCUUAGGAGAGACUGGGAUCCAGAUGUCUGUUUCAUUCUGAGUCCUCUCCCUCCUCCUCGCUUGUAUGGCUGGGGGAGGAUGAGUGGGAGGUUUCCUGGAUGAUGCCUGUCAAAGUCCCAUGCUACCCUCUGGCCUCUCACCUUCUGAUGGCUGUGACUUCAGUUUCUGUUCUCCAUGACCUCUGAAUGUAAAGGUUGUGGAGUGAGUCAGGGAUUUUCCCCCAACUUGAGUCUUACCACUCGUCCUAGUGGCUGCCUUAGGGGAAUGGGAGGGGGAAGAAGGCCACUACAUCUGAACCCAGUGUGGGGGCAUUCAUUAGAAUCUUUGCCCAGCUCCCCAUAAUGCCCUAGGAUUCCCUAGGGUCCCCUCUCCCUCUGUUUAGUCUACUCAGAGAUGCCCCUGAGCUCACCUAGAGGGCAGGGACCAUAGGAUCCAGGUCCAACCUUACUGUCAGCACCCUGAGAUGCUGCUGUCCCCCUCUUACUAUACCUGCUUGUCUCGUUCAGCUCGCCUUCCCAGUCAGCUAGGGUCUGAGGGGAAGGCCCCACAGAGCCCCCAUCCCGUCAGACAUUGUUGACUGCUUUGCAUUUUGGGCUCUUCUAUAUAUUUUGUAAAAUAAAAAAGACACCAGAUCCAAUAAAGCACACGGCUAUGCACA